GCGGGCCCAAGCCGCUGCAAAGUUCAGCGAGGCCGAGUCCUCCUCUUCCUUGCGCUGGCCACACCGACGACGAGUCGAACUACGACGAGCAAGGGGUGUUCAGAGGUCCUGCCUUAUUCAGCGGUGCAGCAUCAGAGAGAACUUCUCUGCACCGACGGCUACGUCGUGGAGGCUUAAGAGGGCGCUGUGAUGAGGAGGUCCCUCGGCAGACGGCAGAGCCACAAAGAGGUGCCAGUGCCUCUCCAUCGCUGGGUGGUCGGACGACCUUGCCUGCCCGUUCCGCCACGCGUCGAGUGUCUCCGAUUUCGCUGCUGGCAGUGGAGCGAAUCUAUGGAGUGUGCCCGCAGGCAGGCUUGCUCCCUCCGCUGGCCGCUGGUGGCCUGCCGGAUGCAUCGGAGGGAUCUGAACGCAGCCGAAGCCGAAGCCGCGAGCGCCAUGUAGAGGAGUCGCCGCUGGGCAGCCUGCAGCCACACCGGGGCGGCCGCCUUCUGAAGAAGCUGGGGUGUGGCCAAGGGGAGGAAUAUGUGCUGCCGGCAGAUGACACCGUGUCAACAAUC